AUGGCUCACUAUGCACUUCAGGGAACGUCGGUGUUUGAUGCCUGGGAUCAAUCGGCGUCUUACAUUCAUCGUCUCAAGUGGUUCUUACUCUUAUGUCACCCAUCGGAAGCCAACGAACGCACUUGGUUUCACUUGUACUUGCCCACUGUUCAGCAAACCAUCCUUGCGUUGUAUAGCAUUCGGGUACCGAGUGCCCUGAACCUGAAUGCUGCAACAGGUCAGGUUCAGAACAUUGUGGAUGCAGGUGGCUUCAACGCAACAUCUCAAACCUUAGGCGACGAUUCAGAUUCUGACAAAAAUGAGUAA